AUGGAGAUCACCGAAGACCUGCCAUUGGAUCUGGGGGCUGACGAGCUCAGCAAUGUGCUUUGCAAGCUCCGAGCUCGAGAAGGCUUCACCGACGCAGAGAUGCGCGAGCUGAAGGAAGCGUUUCAAAUGCAAACGUCUGGCAAGUGCGAGGAGAUUGCCUGCCCAGCGAUUCAGAAGGCCUUGCGCUGGCUUGGCCACUCCUACGCCUUCGAGGUGGUCCAGCACUUCGUGGGGGAGCUAGAUGUGGACUGCGACGGGCGCUUGGACUUCACCCUCUUCGUGAAGCUUAUUCGCAAGUGCCGCGAUCUGGAGCGGCGAGCUGCCACGGCUGCCUUCCAUAGGCUCGAUGCUUUAGGCUUGGGCUUCCUGGACGACGGGAAGCAGUGUCAGGCUUUCCAGAGUCUCGGAUGUCUCGAUGCAGCGGGCAACCCGCCUCCACGGUCGCUGGCAGAGUGCUCUUCCGCCGACUUGUCCACGUUUCUGAACAUCGUCCAGAGGUACAAAUUCAGCGCCUCACGACUUCGCGAGCUGCGGAUCAAUGCUGGCUACUCUGAACUGGAGCUCGCUGCACUUCGCACGCACUUCCAGCGCUUCGACAAGGACGGGAACGGCGUGCUGCGAAAAUCUGAAUUGGUCCAGCUCAUUGAAGAGCUGUUCCCGAGGCAUUCCAAUCAGCGUGAGUUCCGGCCAUACUUCAUACAGCUUCUGGGUUAUGCAGACGCAGACAAGAACGACUGUCUUGACUUCCCCGAGUUCGUGCGCAUGAUCCGGAAGAUCAGCGACCACAUGGAGGAGCAGAACUACGAGUCCUUCAACAAGAGCUUAGACGAUCUUCGCUUCACGACCAAGGAGGCAGCAGAAUUCCGUGGCCUCUUUCUUCAAGCAGACCAGAGCGGCACGUGCAUGCUUUCCUUCGCUGACGUCAAGUCCAUGAUUGCACGUUGUUGUGUCCUGGAUGCGGAGCAAUCGACGAAACUUCUAGGUUUCUGCCGCUCUUUGGCUGCAGUUGACAGCUAUGGUUUCUGGGGUUUUGGGGCUCUUGACGGUUCAGGCGUUGGCGUGGUAAGCAAAGCAGCUUGGAAUCCCUGGAAUAAGCCGUAUUCUGCAGGGGCAUCGGGAAGCCUUCCAGAGACUGUUUAG